AGAGAACAUCAUGUUUGCAGCAGCCUUGCGGACACGGGACACUACACUUACACAACAUAUAAAAAUAAAUCCAUGCAUGAUCAUCAACAGCAGCGAGAUCAGAGGAGCUUCUCUCCCUCAUCAUCAAACCAAAGGGGCGUUAUCCUUGAGUUUACGCCUCCGCAAUACAGAAGCGGAAAACCCCCAACACGAGAACAGCUCCCCUCACCCUUGUCGGCGAGCAAACGUCGCGGCCGGUCGGUCGGCUGUCGCCCUGCCAUUGCCAGCGCACCACGCCACCAGCCACCAGCCACCAGCCAGCCUCGAUCUUCUACUCCCCGUCCCCGGCAGCCGGCACUCGCUCAUCCCUUCGCCUGGAACACCAGAAACACCCACUCCCUCCCUUACCCCGCCCGCGCGCGCCAUGGAGCCACCGUCGCCGUCGCCGCGGAGCAGCAGGAAUAAAGCCGCGGCCGCGCCACGGGUGGUGUCCGUCCUGGCGGGGCUGCUGGAGCGCGCGGCGGAGCGCGGCGACGCCGAGGGCGCUGCUGCCGCGGCGUCGUCGGCGGAGGUGGUGGUGUUCAGGGGCCGCGCGCUCCCGGGGAUCCCCGUGCGGCGGUACGUGGAGCGGAUAUACCGGUACGCCGGGUGCAGCCCCGCCUGCUUCGUCGUCGCCUACGUCUACCUCGACCGCCUCGCGCGGGGACGGGAUGCCGACGAUGAGGAGGGCGGCGGCGGACAGGAGGCCGCGGCGGUGGUUGGCAUCGACUCGUAUACCGUCCAUCGCCUCCUCAUCACCUCCGUCUUGGUCGCCGCCAAGUUCAUGGACGACAGGCACUACAACAACGCCUACUUCGCGCGUGUGGGCGGCGUGGAGGUGUCGGAGAUGAACGCGCUGGAGCUGCGUCUCCUCUUCGCGCUCCGCUUCCGCCUCAACGUCGACCCGGACACCUUCGCCCGCUACUGCGCCGCGCUCGAGUGCCACAUCGUCAUGGCCGAUGACCCCGCCGUCGUGGCGCUGCCGCUGAUGCCGCCGUCCCCCGCCGUCUCCGAAGACGACUACGACGGCGCAGCGGCGACCAAGGCGGAGAAGGGCAGUGCCGCCGCCGCCGCUGCCGCCGGCGGCUCCGCCGUGCCCGUCGUCGAGAGUCGUCAUCAUCAUCGGAGAGCGGUGGUACAAAUCAUGACGACCGCCCAAUGACGACUUCGGAGAUGCAUAGAGGGUCGUCGUACGGCAGAACACACGUCGACACGCAUGAUAUAUAUUCUUUUCAUUUGUUUCGAGCCUUUGUACAUGCGUGGGGUGUGCGUGCGUGGAGUGCUAAAAACAAAUUCGCGCUGUCUGUUCAAUCAACGCGUUCGAUCGUUUGCGUGUACUACUCUCAUGCAUAUAUGCGUGUAUGUAAGCCCGGCCGUGACUUUUUGUGCUGCGAGUGCAGAAGCAGCUGUUGCGAGCACGAGUGCACGACGGAUCGAUAUAUGUAUCUACGUACAGAUAUGCGCAUCAUGAUUCAUGACGCUUCUCAUAUAUAACGCAGUUUAUUUGUCUUUAAAAA